GCAAGAAUGGAUUUGGGCACGGAUGAAGAUCUAGUACAUGACCCAACGAUGAAAUCGAGAAUACCUGGUAAUUCAGGGUGACUGAACUAACGUACUGCACAAAGGCGUUACUACUAAUUACGACGUAGAAAUUUCAGGUAUCCUGGACAAUCGUCGAUGAGAGGGAGCGCCGUCCCUGCAACGUGCCCUAAUAGGUCCUAAUACUGCACUCCAACCUGUCAAAGAGACCUUUAUCCUCAUAUGCCAGUUCUUCGGGUGCGUUUUCCCUUUCUUUCCAGCCGCUUCAAAAUGCCGGAGUAUUAUACUGUGGCUCGAUAUCUUUCUUUCUUACUCUCGUCUCGCCAUGAGCUACAGACACUCCAUGGAGGAUACUUGUAGAGUAUUUAUUUCGCGUGCGCGACGCUAUCAUCAACCAGCACUCACCCAACAUGCAUUCCAGCAUUCCCCGUCACCUGCCUUCACGCCAGUAGACCUCGGGACACCAAUGUCCAUACCAUCGUUAUCUUUGUCAGAGUCACCAAGAAGUGCCUCAGAUUCCACUUCAUCACCGAACGCGCAUCCCGACGUCAUUCAACUGCCCAUUCCUGGACUUGCAGACCUUGCCCCAAAGGCGAAUCGGACGUCACAUGCCCGACGGCAGCCUUCCGGACACAUCCCCCGUCCACGCAAUGCGUUCAUUCUCUUCCGCUGCGACUUUGUCCAGCAAAAGAAAAUUCCUGGUAAUGUAGAAAGUGAUCAUCGAAACCUAUCGCGCAUCGCAGGCAAAAUAUGGAGGGGGAUGAAGAAAGAGCAACAGAAACCGUGGAUUGACCUUGCCUUGAAAGAGAAAGAGCGUCACGCGAAGAUGUACCCUGGGUACAAAUACAUGCCCGUGCAGCAUGCUUCGAAGCCUGCUUUGAAGGCAAGGAAGGUCAAGAGUGAUCGCAUUGCUAAAGAAGCGAGAGAGCUGGAAUCUCGCAGGGCGGAAUUAUCGUCCGUCUUGGUACAGCGCGGACACGACAUGAACGGUAGCUCCAAGCAACGUGUGCAGGCUGCUGCUCGUCCCACUCCUUAUCCCGUUCCCUCGCGCCCACGCCGCUCGUCUUCUUGCCCCCCUGUCGGUGCAGAACCAGUGAUUCCGUCCACAGAUCUUGACUCUUGGGCUCCGUUCUUGGUUACUCAUGAUGAUAUGGCUCGCCGCCCGAGCCGUACAACCAUGUACCACUCCGUCACCUCUGCGCCAAUUGCUUCACCGCUUCCAGCGUGCGACCUUCCCAAUUUUCAGCCUGGUGGAGAUGCUUGGUUUGGUACUCCAAUGCCAUAUGCAUGGCCUCUCCCAGACCAAGAGGACGACCCUAUGUUCGAUGCACAGGCUUUCGACCCUGCGUCACAACUCCACUCCCCUUUCGGGCAACAUAACACCGAUCUUUAUCCUCAGCAUUCCGAGUUCACAUAUUCUGCGUUUGAUAGCCUUCCUCUUAUGUCCCCCAUGAAUGUGGAUAGGGCAGGGGCACUCGGGCAGGACUUUACGAAUCCCUUCGAUCUCGACUGUUUCCCGUUUAAUGCGGAUAGCUUUGCGCUAGCGUCUUCUGACAUGACAAUGCUCUCUCCUCAGGAAUGUGCUGUGCAGAGCAACCUGAGCGCUAUGGAUGGUAUGAAAUAGAGCAGCGGGGCGUCCUUUCUACCCGGUGGGAAUUUAAUGGGCUUGGUCAAUUCAAGGCGGAGAGGGAAUAAGGGUCUCUCUCGCUUAUCCAACGGUACAAUAGACUCAGAGUGUCACAUACUUCAGUUACGAUCUUCAUGCCUAUUCUUCGUCUUAGAUCAUAUGGUAGCCAUGCAUUGGUAAUUCAUAGAGAAACAGCGUACCAAAGUACGGAAAUAUUUAAUAUCUCUUUUUCGUGGAACUUCGUAGUACUAGUAGUAGUUAGUCUCUCGUUACACAAAGCAUCACCCUCAAUAAGAUUCGCU